CCCAAAAAAGAGGGACAGAUUUGGAAGAACGUUUGGUUUUGUCCGAUUUCUAGAGGUGAAGGACGAGAAAGAGUUGGAAUGCCAACUAGAUCAGAUCUGGAUUGGUAACCCAAAACUCAAGGCAAACAUCCCUAGAUUUAAAGAAGACCGAGAUGGUGUUCCACUACAUUCUUGGGGGUCUACAUUUUUUUCCACUCUUAGUUGUAUCUGGGGAAAGUUCAUUACUUUAGAUGAAAGCACAAGCAAGAAGAAACAUUUUGACAUUGCAAGAUUCCUUAUAUGCACACCAGUCAUGGAUUCCAUUUCAAAAAAGAUCAAAGUCAACAUCAAUGGAACAGUGUACAAUAUCAAAGUGGAGGAAGAAGAAUUCUCCAAUAGUUUAUUUUCCAUCAAAUCAGGUUUCAUUCCAGAUUUUCCAAGUGAUUCUGAAAUUGGGUCUAAGGAAACUUGGGAGAUUGAUAGUGUAGAAGAUGAAGCAUCAAAAGGAGUAGAUAUGGAAGUUGAAAAGUUAUUUAGUGACAUGGAGAUUGGGGUGCCUAGGGAGAAAGAAGAAGAUGUGGCACUCAUAGAUUGGAUGGUGGUUCAAAAUUCGAAAACCCAAACACAUGGAUUUGGAAUUGACGAGAGCAACUGAAAGAAUGUGUUGGAAGAAUCUCAAUUGAUGAAUAAUGGGGAUAUCCAAGAAAAUAUUAAUGAAUCU